AUAAUUAUCUAAAUAUUGUAUCUGUGUGUCUAUGCUAUGAUGCUGUAUAGUGUAACUCAAGGAAACCCCAAGCCGAUUGGCAUUCAGCAAUACCUCUAAUCAAAUCAUUUCAAAAAUAUUUAAAUCAAAAUCAUCAAAACCUAUAUGUUGAGCGUUGAGUGUGAAUCAAAAAAUUCAAUAACAACUUGACGUUGCUUGUAAUCUACGACAGCAAAGCUAGUUUUUUACCCUGAACGAAACAGCAGGACGGCUUCAUCACGGAGUCUUCAGAGUUUCACUGCACUGAGGACGACGAUCUCGAGAUGGAUAUACUACCGAGCGGAAAUAUAUUCAACGAACUGGAGCGCAUAUGCACAACGGGCUAUUUUUCAUCGCAGCCGUCGAUCGAGGAUCAAUGGCAACAGACAUGUUAUGAACUGGAGCGCUACCUGCGAGACGAACCUAAGCUACAGACCUACAAAAAGAUCACAGAUCUCGACUCUGCUUGGGACAUAUUCUCAACACCGGCACGCUUCUUGGAGGAGCUCAAGAUAAAGGAGAGCCUGGACACGAUAUCGACUACCUCAUCUGUGUCUUCCAACUGCUCGGGCAUAUCGUGGGAUAGCAAUGGCUCGCAGGCACUCAGCUGUGCAGUCCUGGUCAAGCAGGAGCGCAUUGACGAGGACGACGAGGAGGCGGCACAUGUAUUAUCGUGUAAUGAGAAAUUGGAUGUGCUGUUUGCUGCGCCACCCUCAGCAAUAUCUCCCAAUCCUAGUAUCUGCAGCGCCGGCAACAUGACACCCACCAGUAAUAGCAACUGCACCGUCAACAGCAGCACUGUGAGCAUAAGCAGCAGCAACACCAGCUGCAAUACUAUCACCCUGAGCUCAAGCAACAGUAGUGCGCCGGCUAUCAAGGUUCGAGUGGUGCAGGCUAAGUCGCAGCGGCAUUAUCAACUUGGUCAAGACCACGUACAUAACUUUCUGCUUCCUCCGCUAACGCCGCCGUCAUCGCCCGAGUCCAACCUUCGCAGUCAUAAUUAUGCACAGCCGCCACAGCAACGACCGCAACACAUCGAUGCCAACGAGUUGGCUGCGAUCCUCAAGCAGCAACAGCACCACCAGCAGCAACGACAGCAAACUGCAGCAGAAACGGCAGCAGCAGCAAAUUCCUCACCCGCGUCCGCCAUUCUGCACUUUAGCGGCCAAACGCCUGGUGCCAAGAAUUCCUCAUUAACGCAAGCCACAACGUUGCAGCUGCAGCAGCAGCAGCAACAGUUGGCAGUGCAGCAUUUAAGCAUAUCGCCGCAAGUACUAAACAAAGCUAGCAAUAGAAGUUCGGCAAGCAGCCUAAACAACAAUAAUAAUAGCAGCAGCAACAACAACAGCAAUAGCAGCGCUGAUCUGUCGGCGAACAACCUCAACAACAUUCCGCGCAGUACAAUCGUGCGGCUGACCACAGCCAAUGGAACACCUGGAGCCGCUGGGAUCAGCCUAGCACGUGUCAUACAAAUGCAGAACAAUGGCAAUGCUAAUGUUGCUGCCGUGCUUAGCGCAGCGGCUAACAACACUAACGGCAACAACAGCUGCAGCAGUACUAAUCUUGGCACUACAACAGCGAUGCAACAGCAAUCGGCUUCUCAGCGGCAGCAGCCGACGCCACCAAUUGUUGCCGUGGUCACAUCAAUGUCUGAAAAAUCAACAACUGCUUCUACCAAAAAUCAUCACCCGCGCCAGCAUCACAUCGAUCACAGUCCGGACGCCAAACGUCGGAUACACAAGUGCCAAUUCCUGGGCUGCAAAAAGGUCUACACAAAAAGCUCACAUCUGAAGGCGCACCAAAGAACCCACACAGGGACAUAAAUGUGUAAACUCAGUUUCGGGUUGCUGCUCCCUAUUAAUAAAUCAGAGUGCUGUGAAAACAACAUAACAGCCCCAGAGAGCAUCGCAUCGGUGACCCGAACAGGAGAGCAACACAGGACAGGACACAAGUGACACGUUGCAUUGUUUUGCUGCCAUUGUCCCAAUAUAUUCCACUGCCAACACACAGCGAAUGUUGCCGCAAACACACAUAUAUAUAUAAGUCAAGUGCAGAAGCCGAGCGACCAAAAACAUCCUUAAAUGACGUAGACGAGGCUUGAAAUUUCAAUAAAAAUCACAUAAUUCAAAAAUGAAUUAUUGGUAACACGCAUACAUACAAAAUCCUGCUUUUCCACACAGACCCGCCGAUGAAAUGAUAUUUUAUUGCUGCCCCAUCAGCAUCAGCAUCAGAGAUUUAAGAGCGAGAGUAUCGCAGUCACCUAUACAUAUGAAUUUCCAUCGGUGUGCAUAUGAUAAUGCGUUUUACAGGAGUUUAAAAUUUAACAGGCAAAU